AUGUCUGUAACCAGCGGGAAGACAAGACCAUCCCUGACCCAGGAGAUCCUCAGCCACCUGGGCCUGGCCAACAAGACUGCAGCUUGGGGAACCCUGGGCACCCUCAGGACCUUCUUGAGCUUCAGCGUGGACAAGGACGUGCAAAGGCUGCUGAGGGCCAUUGCAGGCCAAGGUGUGGACCGCAGUGCCAUCGUGGGUGUACUGACCAACAGGAGCAGAGAGCAAAGGCAGCUCAUCUCUCGAGCCUUCCAGGAGCGCACCCAACAGGACCUAUGGAAGUCCCUGCAGGCGGCACUCUCUGGCAGCCUCGAGAGGAUCGUGAUGACUUUGCUGCAGCCUGCCGCCCAGUUCGAUGCCCAGGAAUUGAGGACAGCCUUAAAGAGCUCUUGUUCUCCGGAGGAUGUGGCUGUGGAAAUUCUUGCCACCCGAAGCCCAGCCCAGCUGCAGGAGUGCCUGAUGGUCUACAAACAUAAUUUCCAGGUGGAGGCUGAGAAGGACAUCAAAUCUGAGACCAGCGGCAUCUUGCAGGAACUGCUCCUGGCCCUGGCCAAGGGGGGUCGCGAGAGCUACUCUGGAAUCAUCGACUAUAACCUGGUGGAACAGGAUGUCCAGGCAUUAAAGCAGGCUGAAGGGCCCAGCACAGAGGGCACAUGGGUCCUAAUCUUCACCCAGCGAAAUCCUGAACACCUCGUCCGAGUGUUCGAUCAGUACCAGCGGUGUACUGGCCACGAGCUAGAGAAGACCGUCCACCACCUCUUCCACGGAGAUGCUCAGGCGGCCCUGCUCAGCCUAGUCUCGGUGAUCAGGAACACACCGCUGUACUUUGCCGAUAAACUUCAUCAAGGCCUCCAGAACCUCAAGCCCAAUUACCAAGUCCUAAUGCGUAUCCUUAUCUCUCGAAGUGAGACUGACCUUCUAAGCAUCAGAGCUGAGUUCAAAAAGAAAUUUGGCAAGUCCCUCUACUCUUCUCUCCAGGAAGCAGUGAAAGGGGACUGCCGGUCAGCCCUACUAGCCCUGUGCAGGGCCGAAGACCUCUGAGGCCUCCCUGGGCUCCUGCCCUCCCUACCACACCAUGACAUCCGAGGAUCUGAGAGUGCUGUGUUUGGCUGAGCCUGCAGGAAAUCAGCUGGACCUCCAAAUAGGAUAACCCCUCACUGAGCACCACAUGCUCCAGCUCUUGUUGAGGCUAGAAUCUGAAGUUUCUUUUGAAUCCCUUAGUUUCCUCAUCUCAAAGUGAUCCCUGCACCAGGGUACCCCAUCUGUCUUGGGUAUAGACAGCUCUUUGAUGGUUUCUUCCCUACUCAUCCUUCCCAUACCCAGGCCAGAACAUCUCACCGAUUUCUUGAAUUCUUUUGGCAAACUUCACUGUUGUUUGUGUUCCCUGAUUGAAGUCUGGGUGGA